AUGAGACCAUCAUCCGCCGGAGAAGCACCAUCAGAAGCACCGAAGAAGAGUGCGCUUGUCUCAAUCUCAAGAACCGAGGCAGCACGAAUGGAAAAGCAGCAAAGGAAAGCAUCCAUCAAAAGUAGUCCAAACCGAGGCCCCAUUGCUGAAGCAAACAAUGUUUUGUUUGGCAGAGGAAAGCGAUUUACCUAUCAUCCAGGAAAUAAGCGGAUGCGCCGGAUCCUCGACAAGUACAGGUCUCAAUACUUUGGUGCCUCGUGUGCGGAAAAACGCAAGCUAAUCAAGAAAGCCUAUGGAGAAAUCAUCGAAGGUGGCGUAAAAUUCUUGAAGCCGGCUGGAAGGGAGGACGAGUGGGUCGAAGUUGAUGUUGAACUUGCAAUCCAAAAGGUGGGCCAUUCGCUUCGUUGCCGAAGGUCUUUCAAAGGCAUCAUUCAAGAGUCUUUGACAACCCGGAAGGCGUCUACUACAAUAUUGCAAAAUGGUAUGACGUCCCAAGCUACUUCUGGGUCUACCCAAGCGUCAGUUGCUGGUCCUUCGAUGUUCCAGCGAAGCCAAACUUACCAACAGAUACAUUCGGCCUCGGCCACACGUCCAUUAGGAGACGAGCUGCUGAGACGGGCAAUUGCCCAGCAGCGGUCACUUGAUCUCGGUCUUUCCUUGCUUCCAAAUCCGAUGUCAUCUUCGUUACUUCCAAAUCCAAUGACAUCUUUGUUGGUUCAGCAACUUGAGCUUGAGCGACUGGGAUUAUUGCCAUUGACAGCCAGAACGGCAACUAUACAACCCGGAGCUAUUUCACAGGAGGCACUGCGAGUGAUUGAACAAGAAGAAGAGCUUCUUCGGCUAAUGUCGUCGCGUGGCAACAGUUUUUCAUGA